AUGGCAUUGGUUGGGAUGCAUCUCAGUUUAACGACCACGACGCCUUUCUCAGUGAAGGAUAUUCUGAAGCUGGAGCACCACCACGAUUUCGAAAAUGAUUUUUUGAUUACUGAUCAAGUUGUUCCGAUGAAUUAUCAGCACGUGUCCCGGCCCAGGGACCUUUAUGACUGCCAGGCUGAGCAGUGCGUCUCCGGGAUGCAGGAGAAGCUCCAUAUUCAUAACUCAGCAGCAGAAGAGGAGAUACAUGAGCAGGACAUAAGCGGUCUUGACAGUUCACCUGAAAGUGAGAAAACCCUGAAGAACGGAUCCCGGCCCCGCAGGAAGCCCCGGGUCCUCUUCUCCCAGUCCCAGGUGUCCGAGCUGGAGAGGCGCUUCCGGCAGCAGAGGUACCUGUCCGCCCCGGAGAGAGAGCACCUGAGCCUGGCCCUGAAGCUCACCUCCACACAGGUGAAGAUCUGGUUCCAGAACAGGAGAUACAAGUGCAAGAGGCAAAGGCAGGACCUGUCUCUGGAGCUGGGGUUCCCCUCUGCAGGAAGGAGGGUGUCGGUGCCGGUGCUGGUGCGGGACGGGAAGCUCUGCAGCUCCGCACCGUAUAACGUGACUCUGGGACAUUAUAACCCCGUGUUUGGAUACGGAAACAGCGGCAGUGUGUACGGCUGCGGCUAUCACAGCGUGUCACCCUCAGCCGCACAGAUGUGUAAUAAUAAUAAUAAUCAGAUGGUGGAUUUAUCAGGUGAGGGGGGCUUCAACCACGGACACUUCCAGGCUUCAUUACAGAGUGUAAGAGGCUGGUGA